GCUCGGCCAUCAUUACACUGUUUGUUUGAUUUGAGAUUUUCCUUCAUUGAUUCAGUCCAAACCCUGCACGACCAGGCUGGGCUGCAGGAGAGAGAGGAUCCUCCUGAAACCCCUCCCAUGUGCGGAGGACGGGGACAGAUCAGAUGGAUGAUGAGCAGGGAGUCCAGCUGAAGACGCGCGUCCAGACGCACAUCCAGACGCACAUCCAGACGCACAGACCGACGCACCGACACCUGGACAUGGAGUUACAAUAGGCGUCUCCUUUACCUCAUGGACUGAUUUGGAGCGACUGUUGCUUAGGGUUUCCGCACUUCGUUCUCAGUCACUCUUAGAAAAUGUGGAGAUAUACGAACUUGUUGGCCUGCCUGCUGGUUUUGUGCAAGGACGCGUCCUCCCAGAGCAAGAUCUUCGGGGAGACGGAGCCUGUGAGGAUGACGUCAGAGGGCUCGGACUGCCGCUGUAAGUGCAUCAUGCGACCGCUGAGCAAGGACGCCUGCCAGCGGCUGCGCAGCGGCAGUGUGCGUGUCGAGGACUUCUACACGGUGGAGACGGUCAGCUCAGGGUCGGACUGCAAGUGCUCCUGCACAGCGCCGCCCUCCUCCCUCAACCCCUGUGAGAACGAGUGGAAGAUGGAGAAGCUGAAGAAACAGGCCCCGGAAUUACUAAAGCUCCACUCCAUGGUGGACCUGCUGGAGGGAACGCUCUACAGCAUGGAUCUACUGAAAAUCCAUUCCUACAUCAACAAAGUGGUUUCUCAGAUGAACAAUCUGGAAGAGACAAUCAAGACAAACCUCACACGGGAUAAUGAAUUUGUCCGGGACAGCAUGAUGAGCCUGACAAACCAGUUUAAAAGAUAUGAGAACUACUCCAACGUUAUGAUGAGCAUCAAGAAGGAAAUCUCCAGCCUGAGCCUGCAGCUGCUGCAGAAGGACUCCUCUGAGAGCAAGGCCCAGGACACUCGUGACGAGAAGCCCAAGGCUGCUGUGAAAACACCAAACAAAAAGAGCCCUGCCAUCAAACCGCCCCCCAGGCCACCCAAAGAAAAGCCCGUUAAGCCCAAGAAAGAGGCCGUAAAACCUGGGAGAGCCGCUAAGCCUGACCCCACAGCAAAGGCAAAGAUGGCCGGCCAUCAGCCCGGGGUGGUGAGGGGCAUCACCUACUACAAGGCUUCCAAAAACCAGGAGGACGAGCAGAAAGGAGACCAUUCUGCUAAAACAUUCACGGUCCAUCAUGUCACAGAGGAGCAGUCCGAGGACGGAGGGGCUGAAAUAAUCCUAGAAACCAUGGAGGUCACUGCGGCCCAACCAACCGACACCACCAUAGUCCCCACCACGCCUGCUGCUAGUACGACAGCCCCCACCACAACAACCACCAGAACCCCAACUAACGCUGAUGCUCCCGCUACCACCACCACCCAGAGCACACGAGACUCUGAAAGACCAGCUCCAACCAUUGUGCUCGUGCUGGAUAACUUGAACAACAACAGUCGCCCCUCUCUGCACAGAGCUGGAAAGAUCCUCAACUGUGAAGGGACUCUGGCAUCUAUUGAGCAGCCGGAGAAGCAGCACAGUUAUGGUCGUAACGAAGGGGCCUGGAUGAAGGAUCCUCUAGCUAAGGACUCCAAGAUCUACGUCACUAAUUAUUACUAUGGCAACAACCUUGUAGAGUUUCGCAAUCUGGACAACUUCAAGCAAGGACGUUGGAGUAACUUGUUCAAACUGCCUUACAACUGGAUCGGCACAGGCCACGUGGUUUACAGCGGAGCUUUCUACUACAACAGGGCAUUCACCAAGAACAUCAUCAAGUAUGAUCUGAGGAUGCGAUACGUAGCAGCCUGGACGCUGCUGCACGAUGUCGUCUACGAGGACACCACCCCGUGGAAGUGGAGGGGCCACUCGGAUAUCGACUUUGCAGUGGAUGAAAGUGGCCUGUGGGUGAUCUACCCUUCCAUCGACUACGACUACAACCAGCAGGAGGUGAUCGUCAUCAGUAAACUUGAUCCUGGGGACCUGUCUUUGAAAAAGGAGACGACCUACAGGACAGGGCUCAAACGGAAAUCUUACGGAAACUGCUUCAUAAUCUGCGGUGUCCUUUAUGCUGUCGAUGUGUACAACCAGAAAGAGGGUGAGGUGAACUAUGCUUAUGACACCCACACCAACACCGAAGCAAUGCCACAUCUACCCUUCACCAACGAGUACUCCUUCACCACCCAGAUUGACUACAAUCCCAAGGAAAAGCUUUUGUACGCCUGGGACAACGGCAAUCAGGUCACGUACCAGGUGAACUUUCUUGACGAGUGAUGGCACUUGCCAGUAAAGUGUCGUCGGCCUGCCAGUACAGU